CCUCCCUUGUGCGCUCAGGUUUGCGGACCACGUGAUCCGAGUCACAGCAGUGCCAGGAACUCGGCAGUCGGAGUCUGAUGACGUAAAAACCAGGCGCCGGAAAAGUGUUGUUCGGUUGUAUGUAGAGCGCCUGUGGUUUGCUUCACUUGUUUAUCCACCGGUAAUACACAAUACGUAAGAGGAAGACGGGAAAAUGAUCGAACAGAACAAGAGGAAAGGGAUGGAGCUGGUCGCUGCGGCGGCGGCUAAAAAGCCGAGAACUGAGAUGGUGGCAUCGGGACCUCCAAGAUCAUCCAGUCUCCAAGCACCUAUUAUGCUGUUGUCUGGACACGAGGGGGAAGUUUACUGCUGCAAAUUUCAUCCCAAUGGGCUUACACUGGCUUCGUCAGGAUUCGACAGAUUAAUCCUUCUGUGGAAUGUGUAUGGCGACUGUGACAACUAUGCAACCCUGAAGGGUCAUAGUGGAGCUGUGAUGGAAUUGCAUUACAAUACAGAUGGCAGCUUGCUGUUCUCUGCAUCAACGGACAAAACCGUUGCAAUUUGGGAUUGUGAAACUGGAGAGAGAGUGAAAAGGCUAAAAGGACACACGUCAUUUGUAAAUUCCUGUUAUCCUGCCAGGAGAGGUCCACAGCUCAUCUGUACGGGCAGUGAUGAUGGGACAGUGAAGCUUUGGGACUUCAGGAAAAAGGCAGCAGUGCAGACUUUCCAAAAUACAUAUCAAGUAUUAGCUGUUACCUUCAAUGACACCAGUGACCAGAUUAUCUCAGGAGGCAUAGAUAAUGACAUAAAGGUUUGGGAUCUAAGACAGAACAAGCUGAUGUAUACAAUGAGAGGUCAUUGUGAUUCUGUGACAGGCCUAAGUCUUAGUUCUGAAGGUUCUUACUUGCUCUCGAAUGCAAUGGAUAAUACAGUACGCAUAUGGGAUGUUCGCCCGUUCGCCCCAAAAGAAAGAUGUGUAAAAAUAUUUCAAGGAAAUGUGCAUAAUUUUGAAAAGAAUCUGUUGCGUUGUUCCUGGUCUUCAGAUGGCAGCAAAAUAGCAGCUGGAUCAGCAGACAGGUUUGUGUAUGUUUGGGACACCACAUCCCGCAGGAUUGUAUAUAAGCUUCCAGGCCAUGCAGGCUCUAUCAAUGAAAUUGCUUUCCAUCCUGAAGAGUCCAUUGUUUUAUCUGCUUCCAGUGAUAAAAGACUAUAUAUGGGAGAAAUCCAAUGAUCAAGCAGCAAUUCACAGAUCCAUUUGUUUAGCGUACUGUUCCACUUGUAUAAACUGACCCAGGACUGUUUUAAAAGAGUUCAUUGUUUCUUAUUUGUUUUCAGAUAUUUGCUUAUUAUUAUUUUGUACUUGGAACACUCUCUGUUCUUCCUACAUCAUGAUUCAUCAAGACAUGAUUCUUUGAGCCAUCUACAAGUCAUCGUCCCUAUGUAAAUAGAAAUGCCCAGUUGCUGGGUACUGAUGUCAUUUCUUAGGGUCAACCAAUGCAAAUAGUGUUAACAUAGGUAUCCAACCUUUUUAUUUUAUUUUGUAUGAAAAGCUUUUAAUACAGUUAUGUGAACUGAUA